AAAAGUGCAUUUUUAAUUAAUUUCAUUUCAGAUUGUCAAGUUUUAAAUAUGGGGAAAACUAAUUUUACAACUUGCAACAUCGACAUCGAAAGUUAAAACUUUUGACAGAUCGCGGGUCAGUGGUGAACGCAGUGAACGUGUGUGUAGUUAAACAAAAGUUUGAAUUUUAUGCAGUGAUAUUCUAAGGAAAAAUAAACAAAAUGGCCGCCACAGUGGAGGCGUCGCAGUCCCUCAUCCAGUCGGAGUCCAGGGUUCACUACCAGGAGGUGGUGACGGAGACGAGGAAGGUCAAGAAGAGCAAGUCGCGACGGCAUAAAGAUGAAGGCACUAUUUCUGUGUCAAAAAGUUCGGAAAAGCUGUACAAAAAGAUGAAAGCCGCCGACGAGAACCCCAUGUGUGUGAAAUGCGCGCGCCCCGUGUACGCCAUGGAGAGGAUCAAGGCGGAGAGACGCGCGUGGCACAAGGAGUGCUUCCGAUGUGUGCAGUGCAACAAACAUCUCACAGUGGAGACGUACGAGAGCGACCACACCACGCUGUACUGCAAGCCUCACUUCCGACAGCUGUUCGAGCCCAAACCCGUGGACGGCGACGACGAACCCGACGCAACACCUAAAAGGCACCAAAUGAUUAUUUGCGAGAGUCAACCGGUGGAGUUGCCGCCAGAUGUCGUUAGAGCAUCAGAUAAGCCAGACCUGGGUCUCGAAGAACUAGCCUCCCUGGACGUGAAGUCCCGAUUCCAAGUGUUCGAACGGAAGGCGAAGCCUGAGGAGGAGCCUCCCCUGGAGUCCCACGUCCCUAGGGAGAAGAGCUCAGCUGUGUUGUCCAAAUUGGCCAAGUUCAAGGCGAAGGGUAUGGACAUCGGUAUUUCUGACGAGUAUCUCAACGGGGUGCAGCCCGAGGCCAGCUCCAGCGAGCACGAGGAUGGAGACGACGAGGACUCGGUGUUGAAGAGCUCGUACGCUCACAACGCGACGCGCGAGCAAACCGCGCUGUGCGACAUGAACGAGCUGGUGGGACGCUUCGAGCGCGGCCCGCUCAACGAGUCGCGACACAACCAGCGCAAGCAGGAGAUACAGAACAUACGCAGUCGCUUGUUCCUGGGCAAGCAAGCGAAGAUAAAAGAAAUGUACGAGCAAUCGGUGAUGCAAUGCGAACAGAGCGUGACGUCAGCAGAGAAGAUAGCUCGCGAGCUGGACUUGGACGCGGAGAAGGCGAAGGCCAUCAAGCAGCGCUUCGAGAACGGACAGAUCUUCAAUGAUGAGAACCAGCCUCCCAGGAACAGGGAGCUGGAGGAUACCUCACUGUUUAAUGAAGGCAUCGCCAAAAAGUCUAGGUCCAUAUUUCUUGAAUUGGACGCGAACGCCAAACACAUGGCGCCACUGUCGCCACCAGCACAAGAACCACCCAAGAGGAAGGAACUGCCGUUUGUGCCAAAAGACGUGGUCAGAGCGGUGGACAAGUUGGAGGACGUGAAGAUUGAGACCGCAGACAUUUCUGACAGGUUCAAGUUCUUCGAGACAUACAAGCCGGAGAGCAAACGCAAGGAGUUCAGGAUGACCCCGCCCAGGCACACCCAGCGUCCGAAGUCCCCCUCGCCGGAGCUGUACCACGAGCCGAGCGUGGUGCGCAGUGCGGAGCCGGUGGCGGACGCGGGGCUAGCGGCCAGUCGCCAGACCGCCUCGCGCAUGAUCUCCGUCUUCCGCCAGAUGGAGGAGCAGCGCAACCGCCCCGACGACCAGCAAGGGCCAAAACCUCUGAAGCGCUUCACGCCCCCACCGCCCGGGGAGGAGAGUCGCCACGCGGACUCCUCAUCGGAGUACAGCUCGGAGGGCGAAGAGGACAGUGAGGAGGAGCAUCGUCGACGGUACGAGGAGGCCGUACAGAGGGACGAGGCGCUCAAACAGGCCCAGCAGCUAGCACGCACAAAGAGCUUCCGCGACCGCUUCGAGCACUGGUCAGAGAGCGAGCGGGAGGCGGAGCCCCGGUCGCCCUCCGCACUCCGGGAGAAAUACUACGAGGAGGACGGGGAGUCGCAGCUGGAGACUGCCAAGAGUUUGCGUGAGAAGUUUGAAAACAUGAAAGUUCAGACGACUACCGUCAACAAAACUGUUGCGACUAAAGUUAAUCGAUUUGUGUGACUGUCGAGAGCCACACAGCCGCUAAAUCUGCCAAAGCAUUA